AUGGCGGCGCCCGUCCUGCCUCUGCAGCAGGUGAAACUCGCCUCGCUGCCCUCAACCCGCCUUACUCCAGAGCAGCAAUACUGGCGCACCUUCAAGAACCCUCUUUUGAUCCCUUCGCCGGCCAAUGGCCCUGUCAAUCUCAUCACCCAGCCUUCCGCCCCGUCCUCUUCUGCCGUAUUUCCUUCUCUGACACAACCUCCGGAUGUUUUCACCGUAACCACCGGCGCGCGGGUUCAGAUCUACUCGAUUCGCACACGAAAGCUCCUGCGGACAAUCACUCGGUUCGAUGACACAGUUCGCAGCACAGAUGUUCGCCCCGAUGGCCGUAUCUUUGUGGCAGGUGACGAUACGGGUAAAGUGCAGGUCUUCGACGUGAGCUCCCGUGCGAUUCUGAAGACCUGGACCGACCACAAGCAGCCCGUGUGGGUGAGCAGGUUUUCGCCCAGUGACCCAACAUCGCUUUUGACGGCCAGCGAUGACCGGACCGUUCGGUUGUGGGACUUGCCUGGGGAGACAAGCGCGCGGACAUUCGCCGGCCACACCGACUACGUGCGAAGCGGUUCAUUUAUGCCGGGCUCGAUGGCUUCGUCCGGGUUACUGGUGUCUGGUUCUUACGAUCGCACGGUCCGUAUUUGGGAUCCGCGUGUGGAAGGCCGUGCGGCUAUGACCUUCAAGAUGGCUGCUCCGAUUGAAGCCGUGCUACCCAUGCCGGCGGGCACCACAGUUCUAGCUGCCGCCGACAACAAGAUCGCUGUGCUAGAUAUCGUAGCUGGAAAGCCGCUACACAUUAUUCAAAGCCACCAGAAGACUGUUACAUCACUCGCAUUGGCAUCAAACGGAGAGCGCCUGCUCAGUGGUGCGCUGGAUGGACACAUGAAGGUCUUCGAAACUACUGGAUGGAAUACCGUCUCUGGAUCCAAAUACCCCUCUCCCAUCCUAUCGCUCAAGGUCAUCACCUCCGGGAUGGCAUAUGAGGACAAGCACAUCGCCGUGGGUAUGCAGUCGGGUCUUCUCUCGAUCAAGACCCGUCUGUCUGGCCAACAAAAGGUCAAAGAGCGCGAGCGCCAGAAGGAGAUGCAAGCCCUUCUGGAGGGCAAGCUCGAAGAACACGACCGGCAAGUUGCGAAGAAGCAGAAGCUCCGCGGCUCCGGGUGGGAAAAGCGUCUUCGUGGACGCGACUUUAUCGGCGAGGGAGUGGACAUCGUGAUCGAAGGCCAGGAUCGUAAGCGACGGAAGAAGGAGCAGCCCUGGGAGAACGAUCUCCGCAAGGGACGCUACUCGGUCGCUCUGGACCAGGUCCUCGCGUCCACCGACAAGACCGCCCAACUCACCCUCUUCACAGCCCUUCGUCACCGCUCGGCCCUGCGCGCCUCACUCAAGGACCGCGACGAAGUCACACUCCAGCCCGUUCUGCACUGGAUCUACAAGCACAUUCGCGAACCCCGCCUGGUGGACCUCAGCGUUGAGGUUGCCAUGAACCUCCUCGACAUCUACUCAGGCAAUCUGGGCCAGUCCGCCCAGAUUGACAAGCAGGUGGAGCGGUUGCACAAGCGGGUGCGCGACGAGGUAGAGAUGGCCCAGCAUGCAUGCCAGACGAAAGGCAUGCUGGAUAUGUUGAAAGUCAUUUGA